GGGAAAGUCAGCACAAAAAUUGAAUAAUAACUUAAUCUCUCACCUCAGCUUCGUUAGAAGACGCCCCACCAACUUUAGAUGCACAGUGCAUGACUUCAAGUACAGGAAAAACCAGCUCAUAACAAUAUCAUAUUCGAGCCCAGUAUGUCCGGUCAUCACCACCACGACCAUGGCAGUCAUUGUCAUGGGGAAGAUGGACAUGAUCAUUCAAAUGAUAUCACCCCAGCUCUCCAAUCCCUCCUCUAUUCCCAAAUACGGUUUGAUUCUAUCGUUACGCUAAAUGAAGCAACCCCCAACGCCGGCGCUGCGAUUGUCAAAAAAACAUGGGCUGAAAGACUGAAUGACCAGCCGGAACUUGAAAGCGAUGCGGACGAGCAACUGUUGAUGUAUAUCCCCUUCACGGGUCAAGUAAAGGUUCACUCUUUACUCAUUUACACAGCUCCGACACCGGCCGCCCCGAAGACUUUGAAAUUGUUCAAGAAUCGUGACGAUCUAGAUUUUGCGACUGCGUCAGAGCUGAAGCCGACGCAGUCAGUGGAGACCCCGCAGCCGGUUCCAGGAGCCGAUGUCUACGAUUUGCCAUUGAACCGCGCUCACUGGAAUGCUACUACCUCCAUUACCUUGUUCAUUGAGGACAACUGGAGCAAUGAGAAUGAGGAUGUGACUAAGGUUGGUUAUGUUGGGUUCAAAGGUCAAUUUAUGGCCUUGAACAGGGAGCCUGUCAGCUUUCUCUACGAAGCAGCAGCCAAUCCCAGUGACCACGUCGCAAUUCAAGGCGUAACUGGCGUCGGAGGUAGGAUUAUGCCCGGUCAAUGAGUCAUGUAUGCACAUAGUAUACUUCUAGAGAACCCCCGCUUCAAGCCAGCGAAAUUGUGUCAUACAGGAUGACCGGUUAAUCCAAGAGACAUGCUUGCGCUGCAAGUUGCAGUGAAGGAAGCAGUG